GUAAAUGUUGAUGUGAUGGCUUCCGGUGGACUGCAGUCUGUCACUUUCUCCAGCACAUCGCCAACCUUACAAUACAACGAUGAAACGGACAAUACUAUCUUAGAAUGUAGAGUGUGUGAUGAAGUGUUCCGUUUCCAAGGUGACAAGGUGCCACGUCUACUGGUAUGUGGCCACACUGUGUGCCAUCAAUGUCUGACACGACUUCCUGUCCAUGGCUACAACAUCCUGUGUCCAUUUGAUCGGCAGCCAACUGAGAUCGGGGACUCAGGAGUAUGGGGACUGAAGAAAAACUUUGCGCUACUAGAAUUGUUAGAAAAACUGCAACAGUCCAAGCAAAUUCCUCUAAGUAGAAAUUUGUUCACAGAGGAAUGUAUAGCCAGGGAAAAGCAGCAUGAUAUUGGAUGUGACGAGGAUGAAUCCCACAGGGCGAUCCUUUACUGUACAGUAUGCAGUACACAUCUGUGUAUAGAGUGCUCUCUGCGCACACAUUCCACACGUACUCUUGCCCGCCACAAACGUGUUCCCAUCUCGGAGAAACCUAAAGAGAACCCUAAAUGUGUGUACCACCCCAUGCAUCUGGUGGAGUUUGCCUGUAUGGAGGAUGAGUGUAGAAACAGUCCACUGAUGUGUUACAUUUGUAAAGAUUACGGACGCCAUGUCAAACAUAGACAUGCAUUACUGGAGACAGAAGCUGAAAAUGUGCGUUCAUCAAUUUCCAAUGCUGUCCAACAAACACGGCUGUUUGGGGAGGAGGUCGCAGACACUGUGAGGAAACUGCAGACAUGUAUACAACAUGUGGAAGGGGACACGCAGCACAUGGUGUCUGGGGAGGGAUCCAACGUGUCACACAGGGCACCAGGUACUGCUGACUUAUCCCGAACCAAGAUAAAGCAAUACUUUAGUGAACUCCGCAACAACCUAAACCGCCAGGAGGUCGCAGCACUAACCACAGUUGACACUCACAUUCGAGAGAAAUUGUGUAUGCUGCGGCAACAACAGGAGGAUAUGGCAGUAUUAUUGUCACAAAUAUCGGCUGUGUGCCACCAGUGUGAAGCCACACUACAACAGGAUGACACUAGAGUAAUAGUGGCUAAGUCUGAGGUGAAGACGUUACUUGAUACGAUACAGAAACAACAACAGCAGUUCUCAGAAGUGCCGGACCAGCUGCCCCUCGAUCCCACCAUUCCUCUCACAUUCACCAAGGAUAAUCGAGUACAUAUCGGUCCCAAAAUUGAAAUGCGGGUUGUCAUACUAGGCCUCGAUGGAGCGGGAAAGACCAGUUUACUGUUUAAACUGAAGCAAAAUGAGUUUAUUCAAACCAUUCCCACUAUUGGUUUUAAUGUGGAGACUGUUGAAUACAAGAAUGUCAAAUUUACUAUCUGGGAUGUCGGUGGACAACACAAGAUCAGACCUCUGUGGAGACACUACUACUUCAACACCCAAGCUGUGAUAUUUGUGGUGGAUGGGAGCAACAAGAUGAGACUAUCGGAGUCCUAUAAUGAGUUGGCCAAGCUGGUACAGGAAAAGGAACUGAGGGAAGCCUCACUAUUGAUCCUCGCUAAUAGACAGGAUAUACAGCCCAGUGCGACCAUUGAGGAGAUCACCGAGACAUUUAGCCUCUUCAAACUCUGCUGUAACCGAAGUUGGCACAUCCAGGCCUGUGAUGCUAAGACCGGCGACGGACUUCAUGAUGGCCUAGAGUGGCUAUCACGGCAAAUGGUCGCUGCUGGCGCUCCAGAACUUGUAUAGUACAGUUAAAACUGUAUUCAGUGAUCAUCCAUCUUCCAUAAAGUGGUUUCUUAUUGCAGGGGGUCUCUUUAUACAGGUUCAGUUAUCAUGAAAAUAACUGCAAUCAGGAGAUUCAAAUGUGGUCUGUUAAAACAGGUGAUCUCUUAAAAGAGAUGUUUCCUCAAGCAGAUUUGACUACAUCACUACAUAUUGAAACAAUGAGAUUAGCCAGCACAGAUUAUGCUCUACAGGUCUUGUGUACAAAAUAUGCGAGUUGGUUUCCAGAGAGUUGCAUAACAACUUGAUGAGCUCUCACUCCAAAGUAUUUUGAUUCACAAGAUUUAUCUAUGAGACAAUGAAACAGCCAUCACUACUAGCAAUACAGAUCUGGGCUCAGUAUCACAAAACUUCCUAACUCUAAGGACAUUCUUUUUAUAAAUAUUUGCAAGUUACACAUUCCUCUCAAAUGUUCUAAGAGUUCUAUUUACUGAUAUUUAUCAGCUGUUUCAAGUCAAAAGUGAUUUAAAUGAUUUAACAUAAAUUCAUUUACAUUUACUAUUUCUAUUGAUGUGUUAAGAACAAUAAUGCUUGAAUUAAAUCACAUUUUGAGAUUUCAGAAAAAAGUAGAUUUGUGAAAUCUGAGGCACGGAUAAUUUUCAUGAAAUUGCUUCAAUCAAUGUAGACCACUAGCUCACACAAAUCUAAUGUGUAGCGCAACUGCGAAAAGCUAACUGUUGUAUUUAUUUCAUGCUUCAAGAAACUUAUUUUCUUGAGUUAUUUAUUUGAUGAAUGUAUUCAGUGCUAAUAGUCUUUCUCAGAAUCUUUCAUAAGCGCAAUUCUUAAAAUUGCGUAUUUUCCAUUGCAUUUAAAGGAAAAGAAUCUUGAAAUUUUGAAGGAAACAUAACAAAAGGAUCUGAUAUCACGUUUAAAAAAAUAAGGAAAAUAUUUUAUAUAUAGGAUGAUUUAUUGAUCAGAUUAAAAUUUAGACUGAAUUACAAAUCUGGCAUGGAUCAGGGGAAGGAAGUAGUACGAAUUAAAGAAUAGAUCUUUCAAUCCAUGUGCGAAAUGUUUGUGAAAAUGACUAUUUUUUUCUAAAAUAUCAGUUUGAAGU